AUGUCUCGAAAGCACCACACCUGGAAGGAGCAGAGUCCUUGGCUGUCUUCCUUGGUGAAUGCUGCGGGGACGGGGGUGCCCGCCAAGGGCUUCCCGGUGGGCGCGGAGGAGCAGGCAGCUCGCUGGAAUCCGCCCCGGUGCGGCGUGCCCGACCUGCCGGUGCUCCCGGACAGCCAGAACGGGCGGAACAGGCAGAAGCGGUUUGUCCUCUCCGGCGGUCGCUGGGACAAGACUGAUCUCACCUACAAAAUUAUCAGGUUCCCGUGGCAACUCGUAAAAGCUAAGGUGAGAAGGACCAUCGAGGAGGCUUUGAAAGUCUGGAGUGACGUGACGCCGCUGACCUUCACUGAGGUGCAGGAGGGCCGGGCUGACAUCGUCAUUGAUUUCACAAGGUACUGGCAUGGAGAUAACUUGCCUUUCGACGGGCCUGGAGGGAUCCUGGCACAUGCGUUCUUCCCCAAGACACACCGGGAGGGAGACGUCCACUUUGACUAUGACGAGACCUGGACGAUUGGGAACAACCUGGGCACUGACCUCCUCCAAGUGGCUGCUCAUGAGUUUGGCCACGUCCUGGGCCUGCAGCACACGGCUGUCUCCAAGUCACUGAUGUCUCCUUUCUACAUCUUCCGCUACCCAUUAAGCCUGAGUGAGGAUGACAAGCAGGGUAUCCAGUACCUCUAUGGGAAACCCAAACUGGAUCCUGACCCAACCCCAACUCAGCCAGCAGAGCUGCCCCAGCCAGAGCUUGAAACAAAUGAGAUCACCAACGUGGAGCCCGACGCCUGCGACACGGCAUUCGACGCCGCAUCCACCAUUCGAGGAGAGCUCUUCUUCUUCAAGUCUCGCUACGUCUGGCAGGGGAUCCCCAGCUCUGUUGAUGCCACCUUCGAGGACCCUCUGGGCAAUAUCUGGUUUUUCCAAGAUUCUCAGUACUGGAUUUACGAUGGCGAAAGACGGGUAUCUGGUCCCACCCCAAUUGUGGAGCUGGGCCUUUCUGCAUCCCCUGUGGAGGCAGCUCUGGUGUGGGGGGCCGAGAAGAACAAGAUCUACAUCUUCAGUGGAGGCAACUACUGGCGCUUCAACCCUCACACCCGCCAGGUGGACAACAUCUACCCUCGGACCAUGGCUGACUGGCGCGGCGUCCCCCAGGAGAUUGACGCAGCUUUUCAGGAUGAGUUUGGUUUUGCCUAUUUCCUGAGAGGCCGAGAUUACUGGAAGUUCGAUCCAGUCCAGGUGAAAGUGCUGGAGGGCUACCCACGCCAGAUCAGCCAGGACUUCUUCAGCUGUACACCGUCCUCCAACUCUUUCAGAUAA